GGCAAGCCUGAUUUGAACACAGCCCUGCCUGUCCGACAGACAGCCUCCAUCUUCAAGCAGCCUGUCACAAAGAUCACAAACCACCCCAGCAAUAAGGUGAAGAGUGACCCUCAGAAGGCUGUGGACCAGCCCAGGCAGCUCUUCUGGGAGAAGAAAUUAAGUGGACUGAGUGCUUUUGACAUUGCAGAGGAGCUGGUGAAAACAAUGGACCUUCCAAAAGGUUUACAAGGGGUUGGACCUGGCUGCACUGAUGAAACCCUUCUCUCUGCCAUAGCUAGUGCUCUGCACACUAGCACCAUGCCCAUCACUGGCCAGCUGUCUGCUGCUGUGGAGAAGAACCCUGGAGUCUGGCUCAACACCUCACAGCCCCUCUGCAAAGCAUUCAUGGUGACAGAUGAAGAUAUUAGGAAGCAAGAGGAGCUGGUGCAGCAGGUGAGGAAGAGGCUGGAGGAAGCCCUGAUGGCUGACAUGCUUGCCCACGUCGAGGAAAUAGCAAGAGAUGGGGAAGCUCCUUCAGAGAAAGUAGGAGGUGAGGAAGAAGGAGAGGAGGAAGAGGAAGAGGAGGACCAGGACCAUGACCAGGAGAUGGAGAAUGUAUAG